GAGCUACGAUGAAGCCAGGACGAGCCUUGAGGGGCUGGCUGGGCUUUGAAGCGCUCAUGAAACUUUGCUGCUGCCUAGCCCUUUUGGGAGUGAGCCAGGGACAGUUUUUCUCAAAAACAACCAACACUAUACCUCGUAUGGGCAGAAGGGAUCUGGAUUAUGCUCAAUUGGAAGAACCGAGGAUGGGCCUGUUUCGGGCGAUCCCGGCACGCCAGUCGGCGUCAAUGGUCGACCUGGGAUACCUUGACGGGGUCACGGAGGACAGAGCAAGAGAGAAACAGGUCGAUGGUUGCCACGGAGGCCGGUGCCGAGCUGCUGUGUUGCACGCCCUGCAAACCAUGGACGAUGUGUAA